ACCGGCGGCGAGCUGCGGCGGCGAGGCGGGCUCAGUCGGCCGGCUGUGGCGCGCGCGAGUCGUCAUGGACCUCGACUUCUCCGACGUCAGCUUCGCCGCGCGCCGGUGGGGCCGCUUCGGCCCCCGGAAGCAGAUCCUGAACGGCGUGUCGGGCCGCUUCAAGUCGGGCGAGCUGACGGCCAUCAUGGGACCCUCCGGCGCGGGCAAGAGCAGUCUGCUGAACGCCAUCUCUGGCUACACGUCGACCGGCGUGACGGGGCGGCUGGGCGUGAACGGCGAGCCGCGCGACGACCGGCUGUUCCACAAGCUGUCCUGCUACAUCACGCAGGACGACCUGCUGCAGCCGCUGCUGACGGUGCGCGAGGCGAUGCUGGUGUCGGCGCACCUCAAGCUGCCGCGCCGCCUCGCCCACCAGCAGAAGAUGCGCGAGAUCACGGAGAUCCUCACGAUGCUGGGCAUGGCGGAAUCCCUGGACACACGAACCGAAAUGCUGUCCGGGGGACAGAAGAAGAGAUUGUCUGUAGCCUUGGAGAUGAUCAACAACCCGCCAACGUUCUUUUUGGACGAGCCGACCAGCGGGCUCGACAACGUGUCGGCCAAGUACUGCCUGGGCAUGCUGCGCAUGCUGUCGCGCCAGGGCCGCACCGUGGUGUGCACCGUGCACCAGCCCAGCGCGCUGCUCUUCCAGCUGUUCGACAGCGUGUACGUGGUGGCGGAGGGCCGCUGCGUCUACCAGGGCACCACGCAGGGGCUCGUGUCCUUCCUCGCGGCCGCCGGCAUGACCUGCCCCACGCACUACAACCCCGCCGACUACGUGAUCGAGCUGUGCGAUUCCUCGCCGCAGAACGUGGAGGCGCUCUCGGCGGCCAUCUGCAACGGGAAGAAGUUCUGGCGCGGCGAGGACCUGGUGGCGGAGUGCGUGGGGGCGGACCGCACCCCUCCCCCCAGCGGCGCCGCGCGCGCAGUCCAGGCUGGAGACUCAUCGAGCGAGUCCAGUUUCGGUCAGCUGAACCUGAGUGCCAACCCCGGCUACAGAAAGUUCAGCGAUCUGAAGAACGUGAAGUUCCAGACGUCCAUAUGGACGCAGGUCGUGACCCUGUUCUGCAGGAUGAUGCGCCAGGUCUUCAGGAACAAGGUAGCUCUGCAGCUGCAGCUGUGGAACCACAUCCUGAACGCUGCGAUCAUCGGAACCGUGUUCUUCCAGGCGGCCAACGACGGCUCCCAGAUGUUCAUGCACAUGAAGCUCUGCAUCGCAGUCAUCCUCUUCCACUCGUACACUUGGCUCAUGACCUCCGUGCUGUUGUUUCCACAAGAUGUUAAGUUAAUGAAGAAAGAAUACUUCAACAGGUGGUACGGACUGACAGCAUAUUACCUGGCUCUCACCUUAUCUAAGAUACCUGGACAGGUCUUCUUCAGCAUGAUCUUCAUCUCAAUGCUGUACUUCCUGACUGGACUCCCAUUCCAAUUGCUACGCUUCACCUUAUUCUCUGUGAUUGGGAUCACAGUCAGCAUGACUUCAGAUGGUCUGGGAAUGGCCAUAGGGUCUAUCUUCAAUGUGACUAACGGCUCGGCGGUGGGGCCCUCCCUGAUAGCGCCGUUCCUGGGGCUCGCGAUCUACGGCUUCGACUUUGCCAGGAGCAUCCCCACGUGGAUGGGCGUGCUGAUGAGGACGAGCUUCAUGCGGUGCGGGGCGGUGGCGCUGGUGCUGACCGUGUUCGGCAUGGACCGCAAGCUGCUGGACUGCGACGAGGUGUACUGCCACUACCGCAACCCCAAGACCAUCCUGCAGACCGUGAACAUAGACCAGGUGCCCCUGUGGAGCGAGAUGCUGUGCCUCCUGGGGCUGGCGGCGUUCUUCCGGCUCGUCCUGUACGUGGGGCUGCGACGGCGCAUCGCCACCUAGCUUCCCUCCGGUGGUGCUCCUUCACAAACUGCUCAAUGCUUCCUUCAAACAGCGAGAGGUCUUUCAUCCGGCACUCUGUAACCUGGCCCCAGACGGACCGCUCACGUUCACAUUUCCUUCGGGGGAUUGCGGCUGCCGACGGUAGCACUGCUGCACCGCCGAUAGUUUCAGCUCGCUCAGAGAGUAUUGUUACUAUCAGAUUUCAUGGAGUACAGUGUUUCCUUAUUUCUAGCGGGUUACAUUUCCAUUAUGAUUUUUUUGAAGAUAUCUGAAAACACAGGCGCACAGUAACAUCAGAGACUUUUUUAAACUAUAUUGCUCAUCUGUAUUUUUUUUUACUUCCAUAGAAUAACUUAUUACAACUUGUUUUAAAUACCAUUGCAAUGUAUAUUAUUUUUUUCUUUUUUAUUUCCAUCAAAACUAUAACGACGUUUCAAAAACCCAGAAAAAUCGUUAAACCUGCAUGGCAGUGGUCCAUAACGUGCCGGAUUAAAGACUUUUCAAUGUACUUAAACAGAAUCUAAUGACCACUACAAAAUAUUUCCUCACACACACACUCUUUCGUGUGCAAUCCACUACACUAGUGGAAUUGGAAUUAUGUAGCCAAACGUUCAGCAGUACCUAAAAGGAACCAUGUAUGCCCUUAAAUGUACUUAUAUUUAUGCUAUCUCUAUUUAACUUUUUGUUUCAACCACUGGCAUUGCGGUGUACUAGGUACCUUUGGUGAUAGUUUCUGGAAGAGAAAUGAAAGUAUAUGUGAGGUAUGACAGUGAAGGUAAGAAUAAUGAUUUUAAAAAAUUUUGAGAAAAAAAUGUGAAGAUAACUUUAUAUAACAUACAUUGUAAUUUUUAUACAUGAAUAUUAUAUUAUAGAUGUAUUUAAAUCGUGCUGAAAUCACAUUUUGCUAUUUCAGUUUUUUUGUCCCAGUGAGAUAAUGAAACACAUUUAGGGCCGGUAUUAUGACCUCCGGCUAAAUCUUCAGGUUAGCUAGCCUUCAGGUUAGGCUAGCCUCCGGUUAACGAACGAGGGGUGUAUUAUGACCCAUACUUAGCCUGCGGUUGGCUAACCGGAACCUGACAAAGCGUGUGGUGUAAUACUGGGUGUGUUGGUAAUGAAAUAAACCCGAAUUUGGUAACUUUUGUUGCAAGACAGUUUUUUUUCUGGUAGAAUGUUAUUCAGCUGUUUGUAUUGUGGUUCGGAAUGUUUACAGCUGCAGUAAAGAAAUAUGCCGCGAACUUUAUCUUGCAACAGAUAUAAUUAAAUUAACCAAAAACUACUUCGACGUCAAACCUGCUUUGUAUUAAACCAUAAAAUUACAAUUUACGAUUCAAAACCGUGUGUUUUCAACUUUACUCUUGUAUUGAAACUCAUGAUUUUGUUAGGUUAUAUAUUAAGCCAAAACUAACGAAGUAAUUCUAUACAAACAAAUUAAUAGGGAUGACAUUUUUGCUAGAGAACACUUAUUUCUUUCAUAAAUUUAUUUCAUAAUCAAAUAAUAUAGACCCUGUUUCGGGAAAAUACUUGUCGAUUUUCAUUUCACUGGUGUAGGUUUCAUUUUUGUACUAAUAGUUUCGUUUCACUUAUCCAAAUUAAUCCGAUCCUGAUGGAAUUAGUUUGUGGUAUAGGAUGCUUGCUGUUUUAAUUUAGUAGGUCGAGAGAUCCUAGACAUAUUCACUAGGGAAAUAAUUAUGAUUGUAAAAUGUAUACGAAAGAAAUACAUUUUUACAAGACCUGACAUAAUUUGUUUGUAUCGUGAUAUGUUAGGUAUUUUGAGUUAUGUACAGGAUUUUUCAACAUUCUAAAUUAAAACAGCAAGUCUAAUGUAAAACAAGACCAACAUAUAAAGGGUCAUGCCGAUAGGAUCAAGGGAUAAACAGUGCUGUUUUCGUUUUGCAUUUGCGUGGCAGGUAGAUAAUAAGUACCUAAAGGUUUGUAAGAUAGGGAAGGGAUAAUUGGGUAACAUUUAUUUUCACAUUCAAUUGUAUUCAUUGAAUUAGAACCACGUCUGAAGUCGUAUGAAGUGCAUUUCAUUCCCGGCAUAUUUCCACUGUAUUACGAAUAAAAAUACACAGAUACAACUUCCACGAAAACACAAAUUUUAUAGGUAAUAAUAACCCUCGUUUUGCAAUUUUAAAAUUCACUUAUUAACACAUAUUCUUAAGCAGGAACAUUUAAGUUUAUAUACAUGGCAUACGUUUAUGUACUUCGUGAUCAAUUAAUGUCAAAUAAUAAUACACGACUCAACGAGAAUAGAAAAGCGUGACUACACUUUCAAGCCAUGUAAUUUUUAAUAAAACUUUGACGAAUACGGCGAAGCAUUUUAUAUUUAGUAAUAAAUUAUUCCAUCGCAUCCUGCAAAUAUUCAAUAGAAUUCCUCAAAUAGUCAUCAUCACUAUCAACUAACUAACCUCGCCUGAUACAUCGCCAUUUUAUUUUCUGUUGCUUAGCCUCCGGUUAAGCAGCUAGCGGCCGGUUCAUCCACCCGUUAGGUAAGCCGGAACUUUAACUGGAAGAUAGACGUUAACAGGGAGUCAUAAAACCGAAAUAAGAGCUAGCCUGCGGUUCAAUUUUAGCCAGAACUUUAGCCGGGGGUCAUAAAACCGGCCCUUAACUGAUUUCAAUAUUGUAACAUCAUUUAAUAUUUGCAAAUGUUUUGUCAAUGUUUUCCAGACAUGGUGGGCUAAUGUAGAUCACAACUAAUUGUAUUUAAGUCCCAAGUUUGACUGACAAAGAAAUUUAAAAAGUAAUAUUUGACCCACAGAAUUAGGUACAUGAAUUUAAUAUAUUUUCAAUAUAUUUUGUUCAACUGCUCUGUGAACAUUUUCUUUCAUCAGAGUAUUAAAAUACAAUUUAAAUUAUAAUAUUAUACUGUAUUCAUAGGCAUACAGUGAGUGGCUUAUAUUAUUUUUGUAAAUAGUAGAUAUAUAGACACCAGAGACUCAAAUUCAUAUGAUUACUUGCAACCUAUAUAGAAUUUUAUGGAAUUCACAACUUGUUAAGUGAUUACUUUGUGCUUUCUUUUUAGUGAUUCUCCAUUAAUGUGAAAAAAUUGCCACGUAAAAUUAGUAUGUGAUAAGAACAAUUAUUAGAUAUUAACAUUUUAAUGAAAAUUUUCUCAAUAUUGAAGAUAAUUUUAACCUAGAGUUUCAACAUAGUUAGAGGUGAAUACAUUGUAAACAAAUAGAUGUUUGUGUAUGCUGUGAUAAUGCAACAAAAAUGCAUAUGGGUGUGCAGUAUAAUUAUUACUCAAUACUAUAUAUGCCCAUACGUAAAUUAAGUAAAAUAAUUAGCCUUAUAUGUUUCUAUGUCAAUUUGGUUAAUUCCUACUAUUACAAAUAAGCAUUUAGAUCAUACUAUUUCAAGUAAAAUAUAAUAUCAAUGAUAUAUUAAGUGCUUUAAUGUCCGUACAGUGCUUUUGUAAUGAUAAUUGUUCAUUUCAAGUAAACCUAUGUAGAUGUGCUUAUUUAAAAAAAAGUAUGAUUUAUCCAAAUUGUGAAUUAGGGACUGGUUGUAAAUGCAUAUUUAAAACCUUAGUUAUUCUUAUUAAGUAGAAUAUGAAAAUUAUACUUUAAUAGGUGGUUUAAGUAUGUGAAUGAUACAGCCAAUCCCCAAAUGAGCUGUAUGUUCAGCUACAGAAUACGGCUAGUAGCUACACGCUUUAACAUUAGUGAUUACUAGUACAUUGUAUAUAGUAAUAUUUUCAGAAAUUGAAUAGUUGGCUAGUGUAUGUCUUCCUCAGUAUUUUUAUAGCUUUAUUUAUCAAGUAAUGACUGUCUUCAUAAGUCUCUUUAAAGAGGCACGUCCAUAUGUACUGAGGAGUCUAUAAUUUUGAUGUAGAUAGUAUCGAAUUUUAUUUAUCCAAGAUGUGUAUACAAAUAUACAUAAUGCACUAUGGGUGAUAUUUUCCCAAAGAAUGUACCAUGUUGUAAUCAUAAUCUUUUAAUAAAUAAAAAUAUAUCUCU